AUGAAUCUUAAUCGGUACCAGAGAGUUAUAGAAAUCAAUGGCGGUGAUAAAAUAUCGCUUCCUAUUGUGAAGUUUCCUCCCUUCAAGUUGCGAGCAGCAAUGGUUGAGAAAGACCCUGUGAUUUGGUUGCAUCUACUUGAGACCUAUAACCAGUACUUCACCUACCUUAUGUCAGAAGGCCAUUUGGAACAACUUGAGGACUCAACUUACGAGAACUUAUGUAUGUUCAUCAAAAGCUACCUUAAAGAGCUCUCCAAUGAAGAAGGUAAACUGCUGAGCUUGGGCAUGAACACGAAUGUUUGUGAGCAGCUGCAGGUACUGAGAAGCUGGGUCCUUACUGUCAUCAAAACUUGCGGCUUACUACAUUUACAAAUUUCAUGCGAUGUACUGUGGGAUUUUGUGAGGCUUUACGUAAAGGAAAAUCCAGGUACAGUGCGCUUACUGAUCGACGGGUCACUCAAACCUGCAAUUAACACUCAAAAAGCUCAAAUUAACCGAAUUUAUCAGCUCCAUCAGCAUCUCAAGCAACUUAUAGAAACGUCGAAGUUCACUCGGGUAGACUUGAAGGCUCUUGAAAACCUGCUAUCUGCUGGAGACAUACAUACAAAACCUUUUACUAACCAGUUUUUGACAACAAAGUGGGCAGAAAUACUAGAGUCAUGGUUUUCGAGUGAUUUGAAACCGUUGAGAGACAUUGCAAAAAAGAUCGGCAUACUGAGUUACCUCACGGCCUCGGAAGAUAGGAUAGUCGAACUAAUAUCAGAGUCGAAUGUUUUCGACCUUGAAUCAUUACAUUUUCACCCUUUAAUGGGAUCUCUUUUGAUAAAUGAACAGUUUCAGGCGCACUUCAGUGGCCUGAAGGCUAAGCUGCCAUUUCUGAGAGCGUUAUUGACCAAAAACAACAACAAAGCGCCCACUAUUAGCGUUGAAGACGUUCAAACAAUAAUAGAGGUUUUUCCCCAUUUGACUGUAGGUCAGGUCGAGAGGCGCCUUCAAGCACAUGACGGUGAUGUUGAACGAACUAUAAACAGCUUCUUCGAGAGCCCUACGGAAACUGAUAAAGCACCUUUAAUUGAUGAGGUAACAAGAAACAAGCAGGAGGAGAUGAAGAAUACUAAUUUUGAAAGCGAACUCGGAAAAGCAGACCGAUUUUCGAAGCCCGAUGAGGUUACAACCCGAGACCAUGUCCCCGACGAAGUUAGGAACAAAACUUUGACUAGGGCUCUUGCGCUGCUCUACCAAGCGGAUGAAGACGAAAAGGAUGACACUUAUGAUGAUGCUGAAGUCCAACGCGAUGCACUGGGCAAUUUAGAUUCUGAUGAUCGCCAAAGUGCGAAUGGAAAUAAUUAUGACAAGAUUGAGGGGCAUUUAUGGGAACUACUCAAAGAGAACAAAGAAUUGUUUGAUAGGUCCAACAGAAACUCAAAGGCUAGAAAAGAAUUGAAGACAAGCACAUCCUGGUCUGAUGAGCAAAUUGAAGGUUGGGCCAGAAUGCUGGAACGUAGCCCAAAGCGUGCCCAAAUACUAGAAGAAAGGUAUAUGUUCAGGGGCAAUGUCCGUACAGGUAAAAGAGCAUUUGUACAAAACAAGAACGAGAGCGCUGCAGCGCAAAAUAAAACUGAACGCAACAAUAGCGUAAGAGAGGCUAAGGGUAAUAGUGUAGCCCCGAAAUCGACACAGCAGAACGGCGCUUCAGACAAGAAAAAGCAAAACGCAAGAAAAGAGAAACACAAGAGUGCCCGGGCGAACCACAAUAGAAAGUCGGGACACGAUAAGAAAAUAAGCAGAGUUUCACCGUAG